GUUUGCUAAGAGUGAUACAAAAGCACAACUACCAUCUUGGGUUCGUCCUUACACCCAGACAUAUGAAAACUUUGGCAUCCUAAUGAGAGAUUUAAUCAACUUUUUUAGAACCACUGAGAGAAUUAUGCCAAAACCAAAGUUGAAAAGUAGAGAAAGUCACAUGACUUGUGAAACUACAUCAUCUAAAGCAUUACCAGUAGUGUCUAAGCCAUUGGUGUCAUCAUUUACAUCAGCAUCUUCUUACUCCUCUCGAACAAAGUCUGUAGUCGACGAUGCCAGUAAUAUUGUAUCCCAUGUACCCAGCCUGAGAAAACCAGAAAAAGCUGUAUAUGAAGCUAAAUUAAAAAUAAUGUAUGAGAAUUCAGCGGGUACAUCAAUAAAUCUGAAAACAAGAAGUUUACUGGAUGCAUUGGAACAAGACAAUCAAAUGACUUCAGAAGUUGAUGAUGAUAUUAUUAACAGUCCUCAAGCAUUGAGAUACAAAGAAGCCUUACACAAAAGAUUGAUAGAACAGGGAAAAAAAAAUUCUGUCAAAAAAAAGAUAGUUGUUGUUAAUCCCUUUCUCUCCAAAGAAAUGGAAUCUAAAACAGAGUUAUCAGGGACAACCAAACGAAAGUCAUCAAAUGAUAGUAAAGAUUCCACUCAGUCAUCAUCAUCAACAUCAACUAUUGUUCCUGCUAAGAUAUAUCUUUCAAAGGUAAAGGAUCGUCUCACAUCUGGUGCAUAUCAAAGAUUCUCUGAACUGAUGCAGCAGUAUAAAUUUUACCGUUUUGUAAAACCGUGUCAUAAGAAAGAUUUUGAUAUACUCUGCAAAGGUCUGACAGGACUUGGAUGUGGUUAUAAACCAGAACAUAGUUUACGCAGAGAUACAUUAAAGAAAGCCAAACAGCAUGGAUCAAAUGGAUCAG